AUGACUGAUAAUUCACUAUCGAAGUCACCAACAUCACAUUUUACAUCAUCGUUUAUUGUAACAAAUUCAUCUAAACAUCGUUCAAACGCAUUUAUAUUUCCAAAUGGUGAUCAAUAUGAUGGUGAAUAUAUUACCACCGAGGAGGGACACAUGAUGCGCCACGGUCAAGGUAAACAUACAAGUGCUGAUCAACAACUUAUUUAUGAAGGAACAUGGAAUCGAGAUAAAAUGCAUGGAACAGGACGAUUAACUUAUGGAGAUGGGUCAUAUUAUGAUGGAGAAUUUCAAUCGAAUUAUUUCGAAGGUUUAGGUACAUACAGAUGGCCUGAUGGUGCAGUAUAUACUGGAAUUUGGCAAGGAUCAAGACCGAUAGGCAAAUCAGAAUAUAUAGGACCAGAAUUGGCUGUACCAUUUGUUGGUAUCGCUGACGGACAAGUAUCCUCUAUGCGAUAUAAAGUGUCUUCUGUAUAG